CGAGACCAAAAGUGAAAUAGCUGGCUACUUAAGUCACUUUUACAGCCUGUCUUCGUUCUUUAUUUCAUAUAGAGAACAUCAGCGAGACACAGGGCUUGUCUAUUAAGCGAACAGCACUACAGAAACCUAAUUCCAUUUAAUCUUUUUCGGUAUCGCCAACGACAUUUGUUUCUACGCGUCUUCUCAGUUUUCGCUGUCUGUUUGAUGCUCUCCGCUUUUUGAAUAAGAAGUUGUUGUGCUGGGGCGGGUUGGAAUGUCCAGAGGCACGGACACCCCUCUUCAUGGUGCAGCCUUGACAACGACCGGAUUGUCCUUUUCUUCAGUAAAGAGGGUAAAGAUAAUAGUUCUACUGAGACCAAUGGCUGCCUGACGUCUUGAUGUCGGAUUGCCGUAGAGCCAAGUGGAGCUCUCUCAGGGGAUUCCUGUGAACACACACACACACACACAAACACACGCACAAGUACCCACAUAUACUCCCUAGCACAGCAGUGCAGUGCAUCUUGGAGCAGUACACUUCACAGGACACAAUGAGAGGCCACCUGCUGCCUGCCAUCCUCUUUCUGCCCUUGGUGGCCUCCAUGCAUUCAGAGGUGUUCAGUUGCAUCCUUCAACGGGAACACGAAAAGUGCAUGGAAAAGAUUGCGCUGCAUGACCCUGAUGACGACCUAGAAUAUGCGUGCCCAUGGACGUGGGAUAACCUGACAUGUUGGCAGGCUGCCAACGUGGGCGAGGUAGUGGAGGUCAACUGUCCAGAGCUCUUCCAUGCCUUCAUGGAGCCAGAGGACGAGAUGGGGAAGAUCACUAGAAACUGUACGUUGGAUGGAUGGUCUGAACCCUUCCCUCAAUACGAGGAAGUGUGCUACUUUGAGGACAACACCACCAAACCGGAUAUGUACUACGCCUCAGUCAAGGCCUUGUACACUGUUGGCUAUAGCACAUCGCUGGUGUCUCUCACUACAGCCAUGGUCAUACUCUGCAGAUUCAGAAAGCUCCACUGCACUCGGAACUUCAUCCACAUGAACCUGUUUGUCUCCUUCAUGUUGAGGGCCAUCUCAGUGUUCAUCAAGGACGGUGUGUUGUAUGCUGAGGAGGACAGCAACCACUGCUUCGCUCACACGGUGGCGUGUAGAACAGUAAUGGUGUUCUUCCACUACUGUGUGAUGUCUAACUACUUCUGGCUCUUCAUCGAAGGACUGUACCUCUUCACCUUAUUGGUGGAGACGUUCUUCCCUGAGCGAAGAUACUUCUAUUGGUACACCAUCAUUGGCUGGGGCACACCCACCAUUUCUGUAACUGUGUGGGCAGCUCUAAGGCUUCAUUUUGAUGACACCGGCUGCUGGGACACAAAUGAGAACACUGCCCUCUGGUGGGUCAUAAAGGGACCAGUGGUGACUUCCAUCAUGAUUAACUUUGUCCUCUUCAUUGGCAUCAUAAUCAUCUUGGUCCAGAAGUUACAGUCUCCUGAUAUAGGAGGCAACGAGUCCAGUAUAUACCUCAGCUGUGCUCAGAAAUGCUUCAGUGAGCCCGCUCAGGCUGUUCAGCAUUCCUGCAGGAUGUCCGAGCUAUCAACCAUCACUCUACGUCUUGCCCGUUCCACGCUCCUCCUCAUCCCCCUGUUCGGUAUUCAUUACACGGUGUUCGCCUUCUCCCCAGAGGAUGUCAGCAAGAGGGAGAGGCUGGUGUUUGAGCUGGGCCUGGGUUCCUUCCAGGGCUUCGUUGUGGCUGUUCUCUACUGCUUCCUCAAUGGAGAGUUUCUCCCUGAAGGUGCAGUCGGAGAUCAAGAGGAAAUGGCGCAGCUGGACGGUGAACCGAUACUUUGCUGUGGACCUGAGACAGCAACGUCAUCCUUCCCUGGCCAGCAGCGGGGUGAACGGAGGGACACAGCUGUCCAUCCUGAGCAAGAGCAGCUCCCAGAUCCGCAUGUCCAGCCCUCAGGCCGAGAACGGAGGGAGUCUCAACCUUCCGACCUGAACGUCUGACGGGCUCCGCGGCUUGACCCCGCCCCCUAUCCCACCCCGCCCCCGUCUGAACCUGCCCCCGUCUGUCCACCCCACUCUGUCUGGUCCAAUCGCACCCUCCGUUUAAUGAAGCGUUUCAUGAUGACAGAUGAUACAUGGUAGUGUCGUUAGUGGGAGAACAUCAAGGCUGUUUGCAUCUUCAACAGUCUUUUUUUUCUAGAAUCCCGUUGUGGUAGUAUUUGUUGUGCACGCGGAAUUGUGUUUGAAUAAUUGUAGCUUCUCAAAACUAAAUAGUUGUUUCUUUUUUCCAAUGUUGAGAUACGCCUGCAUUCUACAGGUAUAUCCGUAUAAGUGUAUUCACCAAAAACAACGGCGUGGAAGUGAUUGAGUCAGACUGCCAUGUAGGGUGUGGAGAAGUGCUGUACAAAGUGUGAAGUGAGUUUCAAAGUGCCAUACAGGUUGCCUCAUCUCAUCUAUUGUGGAUCCAAAGAGAUAAAGCAACCACAACUUUGCCAUUGCCUGUAAAAAUGCUACAGCACUUCUUUAUAAUGUUCAAGAUCAUAAAUUGUCAAAAUAUCCUUAGGAUCACGACAGUGUUCUCUUUUUAUACAAUCAGCCAUAGUACAGAGUAUGUCAAACGUGAAAACAACUCAUGGAUCCGCUCUUUGUAAAUAAUGAAUGUUGUUGUUGUGAUUCGUAUUUUCUUUUGUGCAUUUCCUGUAUCAGCAGUACAGUGACAGCCUUUUCAAAGAAAGGAACUGGAGCCCAAAUCUGUAGAAGUCAUCCCAUGUGUUGAGCCUGUAUUCUAUGGGAAAUCCUCUCUGCCCACCUGAAUUGGAAUUGUUUCAUUUGAUUUUACAGAAAAUAUUUGUCUAACCGUUUAACUUUUCAGAUUUUGGUUGAAAAUGUUCUUUUCUAAACUACAACGAUUUGCUCAGAGAGGUUUGAUACUCCAGAAAAAGGGGCACCCACUUGGAAAAGUUUGAGUAUAUUAUAUAUUUAGUUGAGUGUUUAUAUGGCAUGUUUGCUUACAAUACACUAGGGCCUGCAUAAAAUGAGGGUUAUGAUCUUAUUUAGAAGUCUAAGUUUACUUCCUGUUUUUGCUCCUCUCAGGAGGUUCUGCCUUUUAGCAGUCAUGUUAGCAGUCCAGAACACUGACCUUGUGCUCUGUCCCCUGGAGAACCUCCCAAGACCAUCAGUCAACACUGGCACAUGUCCAUCUUCAUUCAGUACCCCAGAACCACUAUUAGAACCUACACUCCCCCCCCCAAUUUUUUUUUUUCAUUUGGGUGCAAACCUUUUGUUUUAUUAACUCAUUCAUUCCAAAGUGCCUACUCACAAUAAAUGAUAUACUGGGUUGUAGAUUAAUGUGGAGAGAGUUAGGAUUAGUUCCGAUUGAACUUUAGUUUAAAUAUAAAAAAAAUCUUAAAAGAAUGUAAGGGGAUCUUUU